AUGGCAGCCCGGCAGACCAAGUCGCACGCUCAGCCGUCUCCCGUCGUCGUUGUCGGAGCAGGCUGCAUAGGGCUGACGACCGGCAUCGCGCUCCUCAAGCGUGGUUACCCUGUCCUCCUCCUCGCUCAUCAGUUACCAGGCGACCCGCUCUCUCCCGACUUCGCUAGCACCGCUGCGGGCGCACACCACCUCUCCUUCACUAGCGAUGACGACUGGCGACAGCGGAACUUCGACAUGCGGACGUUCGAGCGGUUGUGGGCGGAGAGCGAGGAUGCGGCGAAGGGAGAGGAGCGAGGGUUGAUGAGGCUGACCCAGACAGAGCUCUACAAAGGCGACCUGCACCUUCGCUUCCUCGAGGGACUUCCGGAUUUCUGCAUCCACGAUGCGUUGCCAGAUUUAGACCAGUACAGCCAAGGUUGCAACACGCUACAGCGACGGAACAACCUGCAACGAAACGAGCGACGACGAGUUGGGGACGACGGAAUACAGGACGAGGGAGCGAGUGUGGCAGAGUGUCUGGUGAAGCGGUAUGCAAGACAAGGACAGAAAGGGGAAGAGAGUGUCUGUGGAGAGGCGGUGGUCAUUGGGCCUUGA